AUGGAGCCACUUACAGAGCACGGCCUCGUCGCCGAGGUUGCGACUGGCACUUUCAGCUUUAAGAAUAAGAUAAGUGCAUCAUCCGUCAAGACCUUGUGGGAGAAGCUGGCUCGCUUCGUUGCCGAUGCACUCAAGCAGCAGAAAGGUGUGUUAUUGCCCAACUUGGGAACUUUCAGCGUGGGCCCCGUGGUCGUCUCUCAGGAGCGACCCAAAUACUCCAUCGGUGGGCGGUGCCCUGUGGUGCAGCCAAACUAUGGCCUCCUGGCCACAGCCGCAGCUGUUCACCGUGGCUCCUGCCAGCGGUUGGUGCUGGAACUGAUGCAACGGCUGGGAGUCCACAUCUUGUCCGGACGGGCCAUCCAGGUCGCCUUCCCCGGGGUUGGCAAGCUCUUCACCAACAGAGCCGGUCGGAUACAAUUCGAUUUUGACUCGCUGCUUCGGGAGUUUUUUGAGCUGGAACGCGAACGGAUCAUACCCGAGAUGGAGCAGGACGUGGCCGCAGCACCGGAGGGCGACGAAAACUCAGCCGUGGCCCAGGUUGUCAAGGGCCUGCAGCACGUGCACCUGCACGACCCGCCAGUCAUCCGGAGUACCAGGCCAGCGACAGGCGCGGCGGCCGUCACGCCGGGGUCUCCGUCGGCACGUGUGAAACGCAACACGCACGCGCCAUACAAGGGGGAGCUUCUGGAGCUGUGGCGACUGUGUAAGAGCAACGACAGGAUUGGCUCGGGCUGCGUUCCGAGGUUGCAGUUGGAGCAGUGGCUGUACAAGGAGUGCCCCCAGGUGCUGCGGCAGGUGGCGGCGGCAACCGUCCUGGAGCUCCUGUCCACCCACACCUACGGCAAGCUUCUCCCGGACCACGCCCGCACGGCAUACGGUGUGUACCGCGCAGGCAAGUCGGGGAAGCACAUUAUCUACAAGCCCUUCCUGGAUCAGCUAGAUGGAGCGACUGGCAAGGAGGUCAACUCGCCACAGCGUGCCAACUCGCCGGCGCGCGUCAUAGAGGUGCGCAUAGACAGCCCUUCCUCGGCGCUGCGCCGCCGACAGCAGCAGCAGCAGCAGCCACUACAGCAGGACUACGAAGACGGCGGGGAGCCCGAGGUUGUCGAGGUGACGUUGUCGCCUGUCCAAGGCCAGCCGCCAUCGCCCUGGCAGCUCCCGACAGAGGGACAGUACCCAUCCCAGCCGCAAGGACACUACUACCCUUCGCCACAACAGCCUUACCCCUCGCCGCAGCCCUAUCCAUCAUACCAGACGCCGAAAUCCCAGCUCCCCGCCCAGGGCCAGUACACGCAACCGCAGCAGCAGCGACCUUACGCGGCACAGGGCCAGUAUGCACUGCAGGGACAGGGGCCGCAAUACCAGCAGUACCCGCAACAGGUCCCGGCAGGACAACAGGCAGUCCAGCCUCCGCAAACAGGGAAGUCGCAGCAGCUGGCACCAGCUGGUGGCCCAAAGCCGGCAUGCAUGCCAGGCUCCGCUGUUCCCGCCUGGCAGGGCCAAGGCCAAGGCCCUGACCAGGUGCAGCGAUCGGAAUCUUCGGGCUCCAAGCCGUACCACUACUACCAAAACAAGCUGUCGCCGCGAUCCCGGCGCGAGUUUGACAACUUCAACCGCAUCCAUUUUCAAAAGCUGGAGCAGGUUCGCGGUUCGGACUACAAGCAGCGUGCAGUGACACCGAAGGUGGGCGAGGACGAGCUCAAUCUGCAGGAGUACCAGGCCAUGCGGCGGCCGGGCAGCGGCGGAAUGCCUACGGAGGUGCUGGACCUGCAGGACGACCCGCCAUACAGCCGGGAACCUCAUCCCUUCGUCUCGGCGCACCGGCAGCGAGGUUCGCCUGGGCCCAAGCCGCAGAUUUUGACGCUGGCGCACGACCCGCCCUCGUAUGCCGUGCCCGGGCUCCCGACACACCAGUAUCAGUGCCAAUCGCAGCAGCAGCAGCAGCAGCAUCCCAUGACACCUGGGCACCCGUAUCCCGCACGGCAACCAACGCCGCAGCAGCGGCCGUGCUCUGGACGGCAGCAGCAGCACACGCCGGCUCAGGAGGAAUCUCCCCCCAUCUCACAGUACGAAAUUAUCAACGAGAAGGAUCCUAUCAAACGAAGGCUCAAGCGCAACGAACUGGCAAACGCCCUAAACCGCAACUGGUCGGAGCAGGCAAGUGAUGGAUAUGUAUAA